AUGGUUGGUCAUGUCACCGGGGACAGGUCCACUGCUUGCUGGAAGCGGCGGCUGGGCUGGGACCUGUGCUGUGUCACCCUCCCGUACGAAGUAGGGGGCCCUGGCCUUGCUAACCGCUCCUCUCUGCCCCCAGGACACCUGAGCCCCACCACCUGCACCCUGCGCAAGCACAAGACCAACCGGAAGCCGCGCACGCCCUUCACCACGUCCCAGCUCCUGGCGCUGGAGCGCAAGUUCCGGCAGAAGCAGUACCUCUCCAUCGCCGAGCGCGCCGAGUUCUCCAGCUCGCUGAACCUCACAGAGACCCAGGUCAAAAUCUGGUUCCAGAACCGGAGGGCCAAGGCGAAAAGACUGCAGGAGGCCGAACUGGAAAAGCUGAAAAUGGCCGCGAAGCCCAUGCUGCCCUCCGGCUUCAGCCUCCCUUUCCCCAUCAACUCGCCGCUGCAGGCAGCCUCCCUCUACGGAGCGUCCUACCCUUUCCAUAGACCUGUGCUCCCCAUCCCGCCCGUGGGACUCUACGCCACGCCGGUGGGGUAUGGCAUGUACCAUCUCUCCUAAGGACGACUGCGCCGCGGACUCCGGGACAUUCCAGGGGGACGGGACGAGGCGUGUUCCAUGCCCCCCCCCCCUGCCCUCGCCAGGAAGCUCCCGGCUCUGCCCACCUCACACGCACCACCCCGAGCAGCCAGGCUAGCAGCCGCCGCCUCCUUCGUCCUGGGGGCUGGAGACCCCAAGCUCCUGUUCUUGGUGUCAUUUCCCAGACACCCCUUUCUCCUCACAAAGAUCGGCUCUGAUGGUUUUUAUAUAUAAAUAUAUAUCACGAAACAGAACGCAUUUUUAUACAGCAGAUGUCAAAAUCCAAGUUAUUUUGAAAGGCGAAAUUUAUAUAUAUACUUUUUUAUAUAUAUCACCCUAACAGACUGCUGACGUUCAUUUGUGUGGGUUUUUUUUUUUCUUCUUAGAGGGGGAGACAAAUUGUUUUCUAAAAUUGCUGAAAUAUAGUGAUUUUGGUGGGAUGAUUGGCUUUUGCUUAAGGAAAACAGAUAUUAGAAUUAGACACAAAGUGCAUAGGCCAUGGAUAGGGAGAGGUUCCUCGAGUGACAGGCACAGGCCACGGUACAGUCUUCCAUGCACUCACUAAUUAGAGACUACAUAUUGGGCCCUGUUUGCCCCCCUGCACGUUGCUACAUUGUUACCCAGUUAAACGUUUACUUUUUUUUGUAAGAUCAAUAAAAGGGGG